GUGACGUCACCAUUGUCCGACUGCUUUUCCCGGAGACCGGAGUGGAAGGCCGGCGAGUUGGUCACAAUGGCAGGUGAAGAAAUUAAUGAAGACUACCCGGUAGAAAUUCAUGAGUAUUUAUCAGCAUUUGAGAAUUCCAUUGGCGCUGUGGAUGAGAUGCUGAAGACCAUGAUGUCUGUUUCUAGAAAUGAGUUGUUGCAGAAGUUGGACCCCCUUGAACAAGCAAAAGUGGAUUUAGUUUCUGCUUACACAUUAAAUUCAAUGUUUUGGGUUUAUUUGGCAACUCAGGGAGUUAAUCCUAAGGAACAUCCAGUAAAGCAGGAAUUGGAAAGAAUCAGAGUAUACAUGAACAGAGUCAAAGAAAUAACAGACAAGAAAAAGGCCGGCAAGCUGGACAGAGGUGCAGCUUCAAGAUUUGUGAAAAAUGCCCUUUGGGAACCAAAAACUAAAAAUGCAUCCAAAGUUGCCAAUAAAGGAAAAACUAAAAAUUAGCCUUUUGUUUGGAUGUACACCUAUUGAAAAAGUGUGUCAUUUUUAUUGUUUUCCACAAAAGAGAUGGUUAUGUGGCAAUACAAGGUUUAAAUGUAUUCCUUAUUCAAUUCAUAUGUUAAAUUUACAUUUUAAAUUUGUAAUGCUAAAUAAUUUUUCUCCAGAAAGAUUAACUUAUCUUUAUUCAUCUUCUUACAGAGCACUAUGAGAUUUGUAACACUGUGGUAUAUUUUAUAUUUAUAGUUUAUCAUCUCUCUUGACAAGACUCUUAUUUCCCUAUACAGGUCAAUCUUUCAAGUAUCAUUUUAUAAGCAACUAUGAAAUUUAAGUUAAGUGUUUUUUGUAAACAUUUGUCUAUUUUAAAUGAAUACUGACUUUAGGAAGUAUGCUAUCUGAAGUCUGAAGUUAUUAAUACAUCUGUUUUCACUAUAUAAUUUUAAGAAAGAAUGAAAUGACCUAAAUGUCCAUUUUUUUCUAUGUAGUUACUUCAUGUUUUCAUGAUUUGGGGAAUGAUUGCUUCCUUUUGAUAUUUGAACUAUGAAAUUAAGACUUUAAGGUUAUAUUUUCAUUCUUGGCAGUUUGCCUCUAUGUCCUUUUUAAGGUAAAAUACAUUCUCAUUAACUUUAGAUGGGAAAUGAGGUUGUAUAUUGAUGGCUGAAUUUUGGCAUAAUGGCUAUACCCUAUCAAUAAAGGCUAUACAGUUUGUAUAGCUUACUGUU